AUGCAACCUGUGUUUGAAGAUGGCAGUAUAAUUGAAGCGCAUCAGAUCAGCUUCAGAAAGCAACACUCAACGAUAGAACAAGUUCAUCGAAUAACGGAUAUUAUUGGAAAAGCUCUAGAAGAAAAGUCACUCAUUUCAUAUAUUCAAGCAGAGGCUUCUGAUUCUACAACGGUUCCCCUAGUUGAUGAUCGAAUUGUUGGUGGUACUGCGGUAAAAGUUAAAUAUCGCAAAUUUCAGGUUGCUGUUACGUUAGGGCCGUAUCUUUGUGGUGGUUCAUUACUUUCUAUGAAAUGGGUUUUAUCUGCUGGACAUUGCGUUUAUGGGCAGUCAGCAUCUAACACACAUGUACGUGCUGGUUCUAAUAAUUGGAAUUAUGGUGGUGUUGUAAAACCGGCAAAAAGGCUUAUUCGCCGUCAAGAUUUCAAUAUCAAUACAUUACACAAUGAUAUUUCUUUGAUUCUUUUAAAAAGUCCUUUUACUAAAAGUAGUUAUAUAGGUGCUAUUGCAAGAGCAACACAUCUACCAGCAAAUGGUGUAAAGAUGGAAGUAUCAGGUUUUGGUACAACUUCAUCUGGGGGUAAUUUAGCUCCAUAUUUGAAAAAGGUUUGGGUUGAAAUGUUUUCAUUUGCAAAAUGUCAAAAGCUUUAUAAUAAUGGUUUGUUCGAUACAAUGUUUUGUGCUGGAGUACCACAAGGUGGAAAAGAUUCUUGUCAAGGUGACUCUGGUGGUCCCAUAACUUAUAAUGGACGUUUAGUAGGAGUUGUUUCAUGGGGUGAUGGAUGUGCUACAAAACAACAUCCUGGUGUUUAUACACGAGUACCGCUUUAUAAAGGAUGGAUAAAUAAAAUGAUGGCAACCUAUAAAUAA